AUGUCCUGUCCACGCCACAGAAUUCAAACCGAUGGCGGUGUUAUGGAUUUCUCACCAAAUGAAACAGAUGAACGAAUCAUACGUCCUGCCUCUGCACGAAUAAACACUAUUCCAUCACUAAUUACGACACACAACGGACAAAAUCUGUUCAGCCCAAGUCUUGAUUUGCAAUCAUCCCAAGUUGUCGUGAUUUCUUAUCUCUGCCCGCACUGUUCCAGUGGACAUAUAAUCCCAAAUCUAAAUGGCAAGGAUCUACGCAGCGUAGCAUCUCCCGAAAACGGUACUAAUCAAUUACAUAAUACUAAUGGCCAAGGGGAAAUGUUAUUUUCACCUGAUAUACCAAUGCAAAAUCACUCACGUUCGACGAUAAUGUCAAAUACAAUACAAAUGCCAUUAUAUCAGAACCAACAACAACAGUCACCGCCGCCGGUAUUGUAA